UUAAUCUACUAGCAGCCAAUCAAAGAGGAGAACUAGUGUAUAAAUUUUGGCGCCUGGCUGUAAACUGUUAGUUCUUUUCUGCUUUUGUGAAGAUGGCUAGAACGAAGCAGACGGCUCGCAAAUCCACCGGCGGCAAGGCGCCUCGCAAGCAACUGGCUACCAAAGCUGCCCGGAAAAGCGCUCCUGCGACCGGGGGCGUGAAGAAGCCCCAUCGUUACCGGCCGGGCACUGUGGCCCUGCGAGAAAUCCGCCGCUACCAGAAAUCCACCGAGCUGCUGAUCCGCAAGCUGCCUUUCCAGCGCCUGGUGCGCGAGAUCGCUCAGGAUUUCAAGACGGACUUGCGCUUCCAGAGCUCGGCCGUGAUGGCGUUGCAGGAGGCGAGCGAAGCUUACCUGGUGGGGCUGUUCGAGGACACCAACCUGUGCGCUAUUCACGCCAAGAGAGUGACCAUCAUGCCAAAAGACAUUCAGCUGGCCCGGCGCAUCCGUGGGGAGAGGGCUUAGAAGAUGCUGGUGCCGCUUACGUGAUUCUGAAACCCAAAGGCUCUUUUAAGAGCCACAA